ACAAAACAACAACAAAUAAAUCUUGUUUCGACAUGUGAGAUUAAAUUUUACGGUUAAAAGCGGAAAAACUAAUUUGCUGAAUAUUUACUUGAGGAAGCAGAUAUGGACAAGCCACAGAUCAUCGCCCAUAUUCAGAAAUCACUGAAUUAUACGUUAUUUGAUGGGAAAUGGGUACCUUGUAGUGCUAAAUUUGUUGUUUUAGGAAGUCAUGCUCGUGGAACCGGUGCUCUCCAAGUUUAUGAAGUAGCUCAUGGCGAUGUUAAAUUAGUUCAUGAUAUAGAGAAAUCGAAGGCAUUUAAAUGUGGAACCUUUGGAGCCUCAAGUUUACAACAAAGAUAUUUAGCUACAGGAGGUUUUGAUGGCAAAGUACAAAUAUGGAAUCUAGAAUCUAGUGAUGUACCAAUAUAUUCUGUGACAGGUCAUACAGAGAUUAUUAAUGCUAUAGAUGGUGUUGGAGGAAUGGGAAUAGGAGAAGGGGCUCCAGAGUUAGUCACUGGCAGUAGAGAUGGUGCUGUAAAAGUUUGGGAUCCCAGACAAAAAUCUGAUCCUGUAGCUACUAUGGAACCUGGUGAAGGUGAAACUAAGAGAGAUUGUUGGUCUGUAGCAUUUGGUCAUGCAUACAAUGCUCAUGAUAGAUGUGUUUGUGCUGGCUAUGAUAAUGGUGAUCUGAAAUUGUUUGAUUUAAGAGCAAUGGCUUUAAGAUGGGAAACUAAUGUCAAGAAUGGGGUUUGCUGUGUAGAAUUUGAUAGAAAAGACAUUAGUAUGAAUAAGCUGGUAGCAGCAACAUUAGAAGCUAAAUUCCAUGUUUUUGAUAUGAGAACACAACACCCUAAAUCUGGUUUUGCUGGACUAACAGAAAAGGCUCACAAGUCAACAGUAUGGUUAGGGCGUCAUUUACCACAAAACAGAGAUAUUUUUAUGACCUGUGGUGGAAAUGGUUCACUUAAUCUAUGGAAAUAUUCUUACCCAGCCAAACGUGUUGAAAAGGAUGCUGAAGACCUAGAAAGGGGUGUGGCUGGAACUGUCAAUCUUCUUCAAAAUGUGACAUUAUCAACGCAACCCAUUAGUAGUUUUGAUUGGAGCCCUGAUAAGGAAGGUUUAUGUGUGUGUACAUCAUUUGAUCAAACAUUACGUGUUUUAAUUGUGACCAAACUCAAUCGAGUUUGA